UUUGCAUUGCCUUGCCUUUGGCCACUUCUUGCAAUUCUUCCACAAUUAAGCCGCAAACAUGGCGUACAACCUGUCUGUGAAAGUUCACCCCGUAGUAUUAUUUCAAAUUGUUGAUGCGUAUGAGAGAAGAAAUGCAGAUGCCCAUCGUGUUAUUGGAACCCUUCUAGGGUCUGUUGAGAAAGGUGUUGUCGAAGUCACAAACUGCUUCUGUGUACCUCACAAAGAAUAUGAAGAAACUGUUGAGGCAGAAAUUGUGUACGCGAAGGAAAUGUUUGAGUUCAACAAACAAGUUAAUCCUCAAGAAAAUAUUGUGGGAUGGUGGGCCACCGGUCAUGAGGUGACAUCCCAUUCUUCAGCAAUUCACGAUUUCUAUUCCCGUGAAUGUGCUAAUCCUAUUCAUUUAACUUUGGAUACAACUCUUCAAGGUGAAAGGAUGGGCGUCAAAGCCUAUUUGAACGUGCCUAUUGGUGUUCCUGGAGGCAAGGUUGGCUGUAUGUUCACACCAAUUUCUGUUGAUGUUAUCUGCUAUGAACCAGAAGUUGUGGGAAUUCAACUGGCUAGCAAAACUGCAUUAUCACACAAGGACACAGUUGAGCCUAUGAUGGACUUGGCAAGAAUUGCAGAGGCAACAAAUAAACUUUCUGGUCUUCUUGACACUGUCCUGGCCUAUGUGGAAGAUGUCCUUGCUGGGAAAGCAGUACCUGACAACUCUGUUGGUCGAGCCUUAACAGACAUGAUCAACUCUGUCCCGAAGAUGUCUCCUGAAGAGUUUGACAAAAUGUUCAACUCUAAUAUCAAGGAUCUGCUGAUGGUGAUGACAUUGUCACAGCUCGUGAAAACACAGCUCCAACUUAAUGAAAAACUUACUUUACUAACAUCCGUGUAAUAUUAUCAUGUUCUACAAUAAACACUCCAUCUACAUAAUGUAA